AAGUCUGAAAUUAGAUCGAAAUGGAAGCGAUCUUGCCGGCUUUUAUUGAUGUUGGAGAGCAAGAUCAGGCACAGGAGAUCAGAGGAUAUCUAAAAUCUUGUGGUGCAGAUAUAAAAGAAGAGAGCACAUCUCCAUUACACGAAGACUUAGAUCAGUUACUGGCAGCAUGUGACAUAAAUUUCAAAACUGAAUUAGAACUUGAAGGUGUCAUGAACAGCCUCCUGUCCCUGAUAUUAGUAGUAACAGAAAAGAGAGAUGACUUGAUUAAGAAGUUUUGUGACAAAGUAGCCGAAGUGAACUCAGAGGAGGAUACAGCAUUGAGUAGACUGAGAAUACUCAACAUCAUGUUGAACUGGCUUCACGAGAGAGAUCCCAUCAGAUAUGAUGUUUACUGCACACUGAUAAAGGUGGCAGGAAAGGCUGGUUUGAUGGAUCAAAUUACUGUAUCACUGGAUCAGGUAAAUACAUUAUAA